UCCCUCCUCCUCUCUCUAUUCAAUGCUUCUUUUGUUUGAGUACUUGCCGUCUCAGAGGGCGAGGGCCAGAGGCCGGCCAAUGAGAGGUGAAAGGUGGUUACAAGGAGUGGAGUAGGAGACAGAAAUGCUGACAGAAAAGCCCUACCACGCCCCUCUCUAUCCCUCGCCCCCUCUGGCCUCCCUCUGCAUCCCUUCCCUCCCUCCCACCAAUGUCCCCAACUAGCUGUUACAAGCCUGUGAGAAAAGAGGAGGCAGGACGUGUUCAAAAGGACAAGAUCUUCUUUGCAGUACAGUGGAUGAAACUCCAAGGCCGGUUCAAUUCGCCAGUGCUCCUCUUUUUCGCGUGCGAGAGCUGAGAGCAGAAACAAACAAAGAGGCGGCGAGGGCUCUGCCUGCAGCCUUGCAUGCUUUUGCAAGGAUGAGCUCGUGACCAUGGUGCACGGCGAGGAGAGCUCCUGGAGGAUGGAGCGGGCGGCGCUGCCUCUCAACCCGGCGCUCGCUUACGGUGUCCAACCCCACGCCGCCGCCGCCGCGCCACCGCCUUCCUGCUUCCUGGAGUUCCAGCCCGCGGCGGCGGCGGCUGCCUACUUCGGGUUCGGGGAGCUGGAGGAGGCGCUCAUCCAUGGCGGCGGCGGCGCCUCGGCCAGCACCGGCGGCUGCGGCAUCGACCCGGGCGUGAUCACCAGGAGCGACGUCGCGGCGCAGACAAAGCCGGCAGGAUACCUCGCGGGCGCAGGCAGGCCCCCCACGCUGGAGAUCUUCCCUUCGUGGCCCAUGAGGCACCAACAGCAGCUGCACAGUGGGAAUUCGCAGUCAGUAGGGAGCACCACUGACUCGAGCUCAGCUCAGAACACAAUGUCUCAGAUGGAGUUGGUGUCCCCAGCCUCCCCCGCUGCGCCGAGGCAGGAGGUCAUGAUGGUGACCACUGAUGAUUACAGCUACAAGCCGGGGGGCCUCGCCGCUGCCGCGCCAAGCUUUCAGCAGCAGCACCACCACCAGCAGCCGCCGCCCCCGCUGCAGCUGCACGGAGGGGGAGACCAUGACAAGAGGAAGCAAGCAGGAUCCACAAGGAAAGAUGGCAAGUUGGUGGAUGCCAAGACGGAACGGCGGCUGGCGCAGAACAGAGAGGCUGCGAGGAAGAGCAGGCUCAGGAAGAAGGCUUACGUGCAGCAGCUGGAGACUAGCAGGAUCAGGCUCCAGCAGGUCGAGCAUGACCUCCAGAGAGCACGGUCACAGGGCCUGUUCGUUGGAGGGUGCAGCGCCGCCGGGGACAUGAGCUCUGGCGCCGCCAUGUUCGACAUGGAGUACGCGCGGUGGCUGGACGACGACAGCAAGCGGCUGGCGGAGCUCCGCGGCGGGCUGCAGGCGCACCUGCUGGACGGCAACCUGGGCCUCAUCGUGGAGGAGUGCCUGCAGCACUACGACGAGCUGUUCCAGCUCAAGGCGGUGCUGGCGCGCGCCGACGUCUUCCACCUCCUCACCGGCGGCUGGGCCACCCCCGCCGAGCGCUGCUUCUUCUGGAUGGGCGGCUUCCGCCCGUCGGAGCUGCUCAAGAUCCUGAUACCGCAGCUAGACCCGCUGACGGAGCAGCAGCUGCUGGGGAUCUGCAACCUGCAGCAGUCGUCGGAGCAGGCGGAGGAGGCGCUCGCGCAGGGCCUGCACCAGCUGCACCAGUCCCUGGCCGACACCGUCGCCGCCGGCACGCUCAACGACGGCGCCGCCGCCCCGGACUACAUGAGCCUCAUGGCCGUCGCGCUGGACAAGCUCGCCAGCCUCGAAAGCUUCUACCAGCAGGCCGACAAUCUCAGGCAGCAGACAUUGCAUCAGAUGCGCCGGAUCCUGACUACUCGGCAGGCGGCGCGGUGCUUCCUCUCCAUUGGGGAGUACUACCGCCGCCUCCGAGCUCUCAGCAACCUCUGGGCUUCCCGUCCUCGCGAUAACUUCAUCGGUACAGAGAACCUCAGUCCAACAGCAACAGAGCUGCAGGUUAUGCACCAACAGCAGCAGAACCAGUUCUCGGGAUUUUGAGGCCUCACCUGGAGGGUGUAGUAAACUAGGGGCCGCCAGUGAUGUGAUGAAGAUUCUGAUUUUUGAGAGGGAGGUGCAUUGUAAUGUUGUAUUAUUAAAGUACUGAGAAAGCAGCAUCACUAGGCGAAAGGGAGGGGAGAAGGAACUGCUGUGGUGCGAUGUUGGGUGGCUCACCUGUUCAUAUGUCUCUUGAACUGAUUGAAGGGUUAGCACCGCAGAUUUUUUUGUGCGUAGCAAGAGAAAACAAAGCAGAGGCAGAAACAUGUCUGCUCACUUGCCUGAGA